AUGGAGGUGGUAAAUGAGUAUUUAGUUUCUUCAAAGGAUAAUCAGAAGUUUAGAUUAUUGACAGAAAAUGGUGAUACUGUUGCUAUUGGACGAAUAAUAGCAACAAGCGAAAAAAUUCAUUGUGUUGACUUAAGAAAGGGUAACUAUCGUGUGCAAGUGGAUGAGUGCUGCAAUGAUGAGGCUAAACUUAUUUUUCCUAUUGGAGAUGAGAUUUCUUUACUACCUAAGAAGACAAAGAAGCAAAAAAGGAAUGGUUCACCAAUACCUAAUGCCCCAAUGACACAAGAGAAGUCUCAUCCUUCCCAAAGAUUUCCUAGUCAAAAUGAAGUAGUGUCAAUUAAAACUAGUGCUCCGAUACUCUUCAAGAUUCCUAGUGGGGUUCCUCGCUUUCUCAAGUGUCUAUUAACUACCGUGAAGUAUGUGGAGCCAAGUUUCAUGAUCAAAAUUCCGAUGGAUUUUGAGAUAUUCGGCCAUGAGAAUGAUUUAUAUAUCUCACAAGAAGAUAUAGUCCAUGUUGGCUUAAUGGAAGAGAUUGGAGCAUCAUGUGUAUCGUUAUAUAUCAGGAUUUUAUACUUCCAAUUAGUGAAAAGAGAGAUCAGUCACUUUUUUCGUUUUGUUGAGCCAAUUUGGUUAUCAAAUGUUGGAUCCACUGAAGAAGAACGAGUAGAAUGGGUAUCAAAGCGUAUGAUUGAUUCAAAUCCGGGUCAGAUGUGGUUGUUGCCAUAUCAUAAGGGAAAGCAUUGGAUGCUUAUAAUAAUUGAUUUUGAUCACCAAUUGUGCUAUUUCCUGGAUUCUCUUCACUAUUUUCCACCAGAUGAAAUCAAAUCUCUCAUUUCUCGGUAA